AUGCGAAAUCUCAAAGUUCGGUCGGUUGUGGUGCAUGACACAUUGUUGUCAAAUGCAAAAUAUGAAGGUCAACAGAACAAAGCAUCCUCAGUGUCCCUUUCAUCUCAUGAAAUUGAAGCAGUAUGUGUUAGUAUUGAGAACAGGAUUUUCUGCGCUUGUUAUGCUGGAGUAUGUGAACUGUCAUCUGAAGUACUUAAGCUGGUCGAAUGGACAGAACAGCGCAAUGGUGCCAGAAUCAUUUCAUUUGAUCAUUUAAGUGAUGAAUAUCUACUAUGCACUGUAUUGUCAUCAGGUGUAGUAUUGAUUGUGGAUUACGAGAAUGGAACUGUUGAGCGAUGUGACAUAAUACCAACUGAACUUUGCUCUGCAAGAUGGGCUCCAGACUUUCAUGUCCUAUUGCUUGCAUCAUCAGAAAUGUUAUACUUCGUUACACGUCAGUUUGAGGUUUUGAAUGAACAACCGCUGAAUUCAUCGAGAUCUGGCCGAGAGGAAUUGAUGACAGUUGGCUGGGGUUCUAAGGAGACGCAAUUUCAAGGCAUCGGAGGACGGAAACAACCUGGGAAGGUUGACAAUGAGCAACCCACCACUGUAAGUGAAUAUGAUCAACAUAGAGUAUUACUGGCAUGGAACGGUGAUGCUAACUAUGUGGCUGUUAGUUAUGUGGAUAACUUAACUAAUUUCCGGCAAUUUUGUGUUUUCGAUCAUGAAGGUGAACUUAUUAGUCGCCUGCAGCAAGUUAGUAAUGUUGAAGAGACGCUGGCCUACAGGCCUACGGGAAACAUCAUUGCAACAAGUCGGUAUGAUAGUGAUAAACGUGAAAUAAUUUUUUAUGAACGUAAUGGACAAAGGCGAUCGAAAUUCGAAUGUGGACCACAUCAAGGGAGUUUAAUUAACUGGAUGGGUUGGAAUACUGAUGGGAAUAUUCUUUGUGUGCAGUCCAAGGAUUUAGCUGGAACUGCUGAAGAAGUUAGUUUUUGGUGUGUCAGUAAUUAUGACUGGAUGCUCAAGUAUCGUAAGGUGGUUAAUGAUGGAUUUUUAUUGGCAUGUUGGCACGAAAGUAAUCCUAAUCAGUUUUGCUAUGUUGCGCGAAAUGGUCGUGCUAAUUUUAUUGAUUUCGAAUUCACUUACAAUUUUUGUGGUGGUAUUGUUUUGUCAAUAGCAGGAUGUAAUGUACGUGUAACAGAUCUGAAAGCUGCACCAAUUCCACCACCAAUGUGCCAGUACGAACUCACUUUUCCAAAUAUUGUCUGUGAAAUUGCACAAUAUAAUGAUAGUGCAGCUUUUCUACUCGCGGACCAUUCACUUCUUGCAUAUAAGUUGCGAGAAGGAAAAUUCGAAGAAUAUGCUGAGUAUGAUACUACUGACUUAUCUCAGGAUUGCAUAUGUUACAAUCUUUGUUUGAAUAAUUCAAAUCAGCUUUCUGCAAUUAUCGCUUCUUCACAUUACAGUAUAUGCAACUUAAAUUUAAAAAAUAUGAAUUGUAAGGAAAGCAUAUGCCUGUAUUCUACAGAGAAACCACUGAUAUGGCAUAGUCACAUGACAAAUGGUUUUAUACUGCAAAGAAUUGACGGAGAAUGGUUUUCAAUAAAAGAAAACAAAGAUAAGCAUUGUUACCUAGAAACAGGAAUACUUUUCGAAACAGGAUCAGCAUUGUGCCAUUGUCAUUACUCACAAACUAAAGAUAUCAUUUUUGGUAUCAGUAAAACAAAUGAUUUGGUUGUGAAUGGUCGUUCGUUUUUCAAAUAUGUUGGAUCAUAUACAGCGGAUGAGGAUUAUUUGUUAACUGUAACAUUUGAUUCACAUUCAAGCUCAUCAAAGUUGCAAAUUGCUGAAUUGAAAGAUAUUUUAACAACUGAUAAACAAAUAAGCUAUAAAAGUAGUCGAGCUAUUGAAAGAGGUGCAAUGUUGAUUGGAUAUGAAACUGGUGGUACUCGAGUUUGGUUGCAAAUGCCUCGUGGUAAUUUGGAGACAAUACACCUAAAAGAAUUACUGCUGAACAAGUUAAAAAAAUUAUUAAACGAUUUACAUUUCAAGGAUGCAGCUGUUAUCAUGAAGAAGCAUCGCAUUGAUAUGAAUCUCUUUUACGAUCAUAAUCCAGAGUUUUUCAUGAAACAUAUUGGUCAGUUUGUCGAAGACAUUGGUUCUGCUGAAUUGUUGAACUUGUUUGUAGCAAGUUUGAAUAAUGAUAAUGUCACAUUGGGCAUUUAUUCAGAAAAUUAUAGCAAUAGCAACCACAUAAAGCUUGACAAAAAAGCAGUAAAAAGCAACGAAAACAAGGUUCAGAAAGUUUGCACCACCAUUCGAGAGCAUAUUUUGAGUCUCGAUGAUAUCCAUAUUACUGAUUUGUACACCACUGUUAUACUAACGUAUUUAAAAGAACAGCCUCCGCAGGUUUCGAAAGCUCUAUUAGCACUUCGGGAACAAUCUUUAAAAUUACCUCAUGGAAAGGAAUUAGAAAAAAAAUGGAUUGCUUAUGUAUCUUUGCUUGCUCCCACUGAAAAUCUAUUUAAUGUAGCAUUAUCAACUUAUGACUUAAAUUUAACACUUGCUGUUGCAGAAAAUUCUCAGAUGGAUCCAAAGGAAUAUUUACCACUGCUAGCGGAUUUUCAAACUCAGUCUUCUCCUGCAUAUCAGAAAUUUAAAAUUGAUAUAUAUUUGGGAAUGUUUCGACGAGCUAUUCGGAAUCUGUCGGAGUUAGAUGAUCGUUGGAAUGAAGCAGCUGAAAUUAUCAAACGGCAAAAUUUAUAUACAGAAGCUUUGAUUAAAGUGUGUGAGUUAUGCGCCAAUCACUUGAUGAAUAAACGACGUUUUGAAGAAGCUGGUCUGCUGUUUAAACGUGCAAAUAAUAUGACCAUGGCACUGCAAUGCUAUCAAAGUGCUCAAAAAUGGCGAGAGAUGAUUGAAUGUGGUCAAAUUAUGAAUAUGGCGAAUAAAGAGUUGAGCGAUUUACUUCAAAAGAUGAUUCCAAAUUUUGAAAGCAGAGGGAAAUUUAUGGAUAUAGCUGAGAUUUUAUCAUUCGUUGAUAAAAAGUCUAACAUGGUGCAAAUAGUGGAAUAUUAUUGUAAGGCGGAUGCUUGGAGUUUUGCCAUGAACCAUGCCUUCGGGAAUGAAGAACUGACAAAAAUUGUUUCUCAAGCAGCCUCAGUUCGUUACGAACAAAUUUUACAAAGUAUAGAAAAUUGGGAAAACUUAUUGGAACAAUAUUGCUGUCGUUUGGAAGUAGUACGGGAGAAUAAAGAAAAUUCUCUGAAAGCAGCUAUUAAGCGAUUUGAAGAUCAUGAUUUGCCAGCGUCAGAAGUUUUUAGUGAAACAUCUAGUGCAAUGAGUGAUAUAUCGAAAAUUUCAACAGUUUCUACGGCUUCAGCUCGUCGCCGAAAACAUAUUGAAAAGAAGAAAAAAGUGUUAAAAGAAGGCACGCAGUAUGAAGAUGCAGCACUUUUGAACGCUUUGAAAGACACUAUGUCACUUAUUGAUUCUCAGCAAGAUGAAUUGAUCUCCCUACUUCCUACCCUAGUAGCUGUCGAUGCGGUUGAAGAAGCACGUACCAUACAAACUCAUUUUCUUACCUUGUUAAAAAAUACUUCUAAAGUAAUUGGAAUAGCUUGGCCAACUCAUCUUUCUGCACAUAUGAUACCAGGACCUCUACGUGAAACUUAUCGUGAUAAAAAUGGUAUCAUCAGGAUUCCCGAAGAAAAUAAAAUGCCAGAUAGAAUACCGUUUGAAUCGGAGCUGAUGCGACCGCAGAUCAGGAAUGUUCUAUGGCAACUUGAAAUUUGUUAA